AUGGCUCUGUUGGUGUUCAUGGGUCUCAUGGCUCACCCAGUAGGUCAAGUGGUUUGUGGCAUAGGGGAAGAAAAGAGAAAGAUGUGCUGUGCAAAAGUACAGGUCAAGAUAGCUCAAUAUGCAAACACCCCAUCUUGGGUUCGUGGAUCUUCUUCUCCCCCUUCUAUCCCUCCUGAGCUAGCUAUGUUAUCUCCAACCACAGUGUUGCAUGGGUUGCAAAGAUGA